AUGGGUUCGUCAUUGAGAUCAUUUAUUAAAUCUGUUAGAAAAGCUAAAACUAUCGCUGAUGAAAGAAAAGUAAUUCAAAAAGAAUCUGCUGCUAUUAGGUCAAGUUUUAGAGAUAUUGGAAUUGAUCAAACUACAAGAAGAGUUUCAAUUUCAAAAUUAAUAUAUUUAUAUAUAUUAGGAGAAAAAACUCAUUUUGGUCAAGUUGAAUGUUUAAAAUUAUUAUCAAGUCAAAGAUUUGCUGAUAAAAGAUUGGGAUAUUUAGCAUGUAUGUUGAUAUUAGAUGAAAAUCAAGAAGUUUUAACUUUAUUGACAAAUUCUUUGGACAAUGAUAUGCAACAUCCUAAUUCUUUUAUUGUGGGAUUAGCUUUAUGUUGUUUGGGUAAUAUUGCAAGUCCAGAAUUAUCAAGAGAUUUAUAUCAAAAUGUUGAAACUAUUAUACAAUCUAAAAAUGUUUAUUUAAAGAAAAAAGCAUGUAUUGUAGCAGCAAAAUUAAUUGAAAAAGAUUCAGAAUUAGUUGAAUUUUUUAUAAAUAAAAUACCCGAUUUAAUUAGUGAGAAAAAUCCAGCAGUAUUAUUAGGUUGUUUGAGACUAAUAAACUCAUGUUAUAAUCAUACAACAAAUCAAGAAGAUAGACAACUUUUAAUUAAGACAAUACCGAAAAUUGUAAAUCAUUUGAAAAGAAUAAGUCCAAGUGGAUAUCAACCAGAUUAUGAUGUAAUGGGAACAACAGAUCCAUUUUUACAAGUACAAUUAUUAGAGUCUUUAAGAAUUUUAUCCCUGGAAAAUACUCAAUAUAUUGAAGAAAUAAAUGAUGUACUUACCCAAGUUGCUUCAAAUCUAGAUAGUGGUAAAAAUCCAGCCCAUGCUGUAUUAUAUGAAUGUGUGAAGACAAUAUUUUCAAUUCAAUCCGAUCAAUCAUUAAAAAUUUUAGGUGUUAAUAUUCUUGGGAAAUUUCUAUCAAUAAAAGAUAAUAAUACAAGAUAUGUUGCAUUAGAUACAUUAUUAACUGUGGUAAAUAUUGAACCACUGGCUGUUCAAAGACAUAGAUCAACUAUAGUAAGUUGUUUAACUGAUGGAGAUAUAUCAAUUAAGAGAAGAGCAUUGGAAUUAUCAUUUGGAAUUUUAAAUGAUCAAAAUAUUAGAGUCUUGGCAAGAGAAAUAUUGACGUUUCUUGAAAAUUGUAAUGAUUCAGAAUUAAAAACUUAUACUACUUCUCAAUUAACAAUUGCAAUUAAUAAAUAUUCACCAAAUGAAAAAUGGCAUUUUGAUACAAUUAUAAGAAUGUUGAAAGUUUCAGGAAAUUCUAUAACUUCAGACAUAGUAUCAAACAUAUUAGCAUUAAUCUUACAAUGUAAUGAUGAAGAAUUGAAAAAACACGUCACAUUAAAAUUAUACAAUUCAUGUUCAGAAAAUCCAACACAAUUUAGUUUAGCUUUAAUUACUGUUUGGACAAUUGGUGAAUAUGCAGAUUUAAUAUUAGGUGAAGUUGCUGAAAUUGAUAUAUAUAAUUUAAUUAUGAAACUAUCCAAUUUGUUAAUUUUCAGUAAAACAGAAACGAUUCAAUUGAUGUCAUAUAUAUUAACAUGUAGUAUCAAAUUAUCAAUUAGAUUCAAAAACUCAGAAGUUGUUGAAAAAUUAAGAAUUUUCAUUAAUUCAAAAACUCAUGAUUCAAAUUUAGAAAUUCAAAUUAGAGCAGUUGAAUAUCAAGAAAUAUUCAAUCAAAAGGACGCAAAUUUAAAGAGAGGAUUGUUUGCAAAAAUGCCUCCACCACCUGUAAAAGAAAGAGAAAACAUAGCAUUAAAUUCAAAAUCACAACUUAAACCUUUAAAACAACUUAAUGGUCAAUCUGAAGAUUCGCCAUCUUUAUUAGAAUUAUUUGAAGAUACUCAAACAACUAAAAGUAGUAAAACUACUAAUGAAGAAUUAUUAGAUUUAUUUGAUAUAGGAACCUCAGCUACAAGUAAUACAGAAGAAGAAAUAAUUGCUUUUGAUAAUUCCAAUCUUAAAAUCGUGUUUAUUCCAAAAUCAUUUAUUUCUGGUUUUGCAACGAUUGAAACUAUAAUAUCAUCAAAUACAAAGGGUAAUAUAUCACAAUUUCAAUUAUUAAUUGCAGUUCCAAAGUCACAAAAAUUAACAAUUUCUUCAACUUCAGGUGGUGAUACAAUAAUUGGAAAUUCAAAUGAUAAAAUUAAACAAAUUUUGAAAAUUCAAGGUAAUGAAGGAAGUAAGAUUAAAUUAAGAAUAAAAGUUAAGUAUUUAUUAGAUGACUUACUAAUUGAAGAUCAAUUCGAUUUCAAUAGUUUUAAAGAAUCUUUAUGA